AUGGCGGAGCGCUACAUUCCCGAGCACCGCCGCAACAACUACAAGGCCAAGAGCACCUUCAAGCCAGAUGAGCUGCGUCGGCGCCGUGAAGAGCAGCAGGUUGAGAUCCGGAAGCAGAAGCGUGAGGAGAACCUCGCCAAGCGACGAGGCAUUGGCGCUCGCGGUGAUGGCGCCCCCGGUGCCUCGCUCGGCGCCGCCCCAGACAGUGACGAUGAGGGCGUGAAUACCGAGAGUCAGCUGAAUGAGGACCUGCCGCUUAUGGUGCAGGGCGUCUUCUCCGAGAAGAUUGACGACCAGAUCUCCGCCACCACCAAGUUCCGCAAGCUGCUCUCCAAAGAGCGCAACCCACCUAUCGAGCGAGUCAUCGAGACCGGUGUUGUCAGCCGAUUUGUCGAGUUCCUUCGCUCUCCUCACACUCUCGUCCAGUUCGAAGCCGCCUGGGCCCUCACCAACAUCGCCUCCGGCUCAGCCCAACAAACACAAGUCGUCAUCGAGGCAGGAGCUGUACCGAUCUUCGUGGAGCUUCUUAGCAGCCCAGAGCCAGAUGUCCGCGAGCAGGCGGUAUGGGCGCUGGGCAACAUCGCAGGAGACAGCCCACAUUGCCGUGACUUCGUCCUUGCACAGGGUGCCCUCCAGCCCUUGGUGCGUCUGCUUGGCGACAGCCGUAAGCUCAGCAUGCUUAGGAACGCCACAUGGACCCUCAGCAACUUCUGCCGUGGCAAGACUCCUCAACCCGACUGGAACACCAUCGCUCCAGCUCUGCCCGUGCUUGCCAAGCUGGUCUACUCUCUGGAUGACGAAGUUCUCAUCGAUGCGUGCUGGGCAAUCUCUUACCUCUCAGAUGGCUCCAAUGAUAAGAUCCAGGCUGUCAUUGAGGCGAACAUUCCUCGUCGCCUGGUCGAGCUGCUUAUGCAUGCUUCCACCUCUGUCCAAACCCCAGCUCUGCGGUCAGUUGGCAAUAUCGUAACCGGAGACGACGUGCAGACCCAGCUCAUCAUCAACUGCGGUGCCCUCCCCGCUCUUCUCUCUCUCUUGAGCUCUACCAAGGAUGGAAUUCGCAAGGAAGCCUGCUGGACGAUUUCCAACAUCACAGCUGGCAACAGCACCCAGAUCCAGUCUGUCAUCGACGCCAACAUCAUUCCACCUUUGAUCCAUCUUCUCAGCCACGGCGACUUCAAGACUCGCAAGGAGGCCUGCUGGGCUAUCUCUAAUGCCACGAGCGGUGGUCUGCAGAAGCCCGAUCAGAUCCGCUACUUGGUCAACCAGGGUGCAAUUCGACCACUGUGCGACCUGCUCUCUUGCCCAGACAACAAGAUCAUCCAAGUUGCACUUGACGGUCUUGAGAACAUUCUCAAGGUCGGCGACAUGGACAAGGAGGCUGCAGAUGGUAGCACUGAGCAACCCGUCAACAAGUAUGCUCUCUUCAUCGAAGACUGCGGUGGCAUGGAGAAGAUCCACGACUGCCAGAACAACAGCAACGAGGAGAUCUACAUGAAGGCAUACAACAUCAUUGAGAAGUACUUCUCGGAUGAUGACGGUGAUGCCGAUGUCAACGACCUGGCUCCACAGCAGGGCCAAGAUGGUCAGUUCGGUUUUGGUGCUCAGCAGCAGCAACAGAACUUCAACUUCGCCAACGGUGGAGACAGCAUGGACAUGUAA